AUGCUGGGCCGUACUGUUUUGCGCAGCGUGCCCUUCCGGGGUGUCGCACGUCAGACCUUGAGCAAGACCUCCACGCGUGCGUCUUCCUCUGCCGCCGGUCCCGAAUCCGCCAGCUCCCCCUUCAACCUCACACUCACUGCCUCGGCCGCCACCGCCGUCGCUAUCGGAUCGGCCGCCUAUCUCUAUGGCCAAGAGGCUCACGCCAUGACGCCUGCUGAGGAGGGUCUGCACGCUACCGCAUACCCUUGGGAGCACGCCAAGUGGAACAAGACAUUCGAUCACGCCGCUCUCCGCCGUGGUUUCCAGGUCUACCGUGAAGUCUGCGCCAGCUGCCACUCCCUGACUCGUGUGCCCUGGCGCUCGUUCGUCGGUGUCCUCCACACCGUCGAUGAGAUGAAGGCCAUGGCCGAAGAGUACGAGUACGACACCGAGCCCAACGACCAGGGUGAGAUUGAGAAGCGCCCCGGAAAGCUGUCCGACUACAUCCCCGCCCCCUACCCCAACGAGGAGGCCGCCCGUGCUGCCAACGGUGGUGCUCUGCCCCCGGAUCUCAGCCUGAUCGUCAAGGGCCGUCACGGUGGCUGCAACUACAUCUUCAGUCUGUUAACUGGCUACCCCGACGAGCCCCCAGCUGGUGUUGUCCUCGGUGAGGGCAUGAACUUCAACCCCUACUUCCCCGGUACCGGUAUUGCCAUGGGUCGUGUUCUCUUCGACGGUGUCGUCGAGUACGAGGAUGGCACCCCCGCCACCACCUCCCAGAUGGCCAAGGAUGUCGUCGAGUUCCUCAACUGGGCCGCCGAGCCCGAGAUGGACGACCGCAAGAAGAUGGGUGUCAAGGCCAUCACCCUUCUGACCGGUCUCUUCGCCCUGAGCGUCUGGGUCAAGCGUUACAAGUGGUCCCCGAUUAAGACGAGAAAGAUCGUGUACAGCCCCCCCGUUUCCCGGCGCUAG